ACGCUCUCCUCUCCUCUCCUCGCUUCUCUCUCUCCAGUGCCUUUGAUCCACCCCGCAGCCAUGUCGUGCACCCUGGACCAGGCCAUCGGGGCCUUGAUAUGUGUCUUCCACAAGUACUCAGGGAAGGAAGGCGAUAAGAACACAUUGAACAAGAAGGAGCUGAAGGAACUCAUCCAGAAGGAGCUCGCCCUCGGCCCGAAACUGAAGGAGGCUGAGAUCGCCGGGCUCAUGGCCGACCUGGAUCGCAACAAGGACCAGGAGGUGAACUUCCAGGAGUACGUCACCUUCUUGGCAGCUCUGGCCAUGGUCUACCAUGAGGAGCUUGUCAAGCACCAGUAGUAGCCACAGCUGGGGACGGGGCAACCUGGAGGGGCCUGCCCUGGGCACCAAUCUGGAAAAUAAAUGCUUUUUUGUAAUGUCUUG